AUGCUCACCCGUACACUUAUCUCCCUUGCCACAUCCCUCCUCGGCCUCACCCACGCCGCCCAGUUCUCCAACCCUAUCCGCGACAGUGGGCCUGACCCCUUCAUUGUGUACGAUGAUGGCACUGCGCAAUAUUAUCUCAUGACGACCACCGGAACAGACUUGCGUCUCAUCUCAUCUUCCACCCUCGGUGGCCUUCAAAAUGGCACAAACACCCAAGUUUACACCAGCGACAUCGAAAAAGAAGACAAGAACGUCUGGGCCGGAGAGCUGCACAAAAUUGACGGCUCCUGGUACAUCUACUAUUCCUUCCAGGAACGUCCUUGGGUCGUGAAAGGCGGUGCUGACCCUCUGGACACUUAUGCCGGUCCCCCUGUCAAGCUGUCUGACGAGUUCGGUAUCGACGGCACCGUCCUAACCUACUCUUCCUCCCUCUACUUCCUCUGGUCCUGCAGCAUCGACAGCGGAGACUCCAUCUGCAUUGCCCCCCUCGAUUCUCCCACCUCAAUUAACGCCGACAAGAAAGCCGUCAUCUCAUCGCCUACUGAGGACUGGGAGCAGCAGGGGGGUGCAAAUAUCAAUGAAGCACCUGCUGCGCUGUAUUGGCAGGGAGAGACGUAUGUAACGUUUUCGGCGAGUCACUGUAAGAGUGCCGGAUACAGUCUUGGUCUUCUCCAUUUGACGGGUGACGACCCCCUACUCCCCGCCUCCUGGACCAAGACAGAAGGACCGGUCUUCUCUUCCGCAAACGGCGAGUACGGUCCUGGCCAUAACGGUAUCUUCACCUCACCCGACGGCACGGAACUUUGGAACGUCUACCACGCUGUUACCAACUCUGCUGGAUCUUGUGGCACAGAUCGCCAAACCUUUGCUCAACCUAUCGACCUCUCGAACUUCUCGACGGAAGGUCCAGUCUUUGGAAGCCCUGUUGCGAAAGGCGAGACUAUCGACGGUCCUUCGGGAGAGUAG